AGAACUGCAAGGUUAGUGGUAUUCUGAGUUGCUCGGUGGACACUUCUGCAGUUGGUGCAUGCUAACUGCACCAAGCAGGUACAGUUGGCAUUGCUUUUCAUUUCUGGCCCUUGAGAAGGUAUUUAUUACAAGGUAUUUCUACAUUGUAAUAAAUAAAUAAAUAAAUAAAUAAAUAAAUAGGGAUUUUACCUUCUCUCUUUCUGACCCACUGGCAUGGAUCAUUAGCCCGGCACAAGGCUUCGUGAUGUGGGGGUGUAUGGUAGCCUUGAAAUGUGAAGGUUUCCACAAAGUUAAACAGCAAAUGGCCUCAGUGAAUUGAGAAAAGAUAAUGUAGAAAUGGACAUAUAUCACGAGUGAGGGGCUGUAGUUUUUUUGUUUGUUUUUUUCAGGAUUAAACAGUGUCUUAGCAUGCUUAAACAAUUUUUAUACUUAUGUACUUUCAGAGAUGUCUCAAUUUGGAGGUGCUGGCAAAAAUCCACCAUGGAUGAGGGCCACUGAACUUCCUUUAACGGGGAGUGCAAUGCUGGCUCAAGCUGGUGCAAGCUUGGCGUCGGCGCUCACGCAGCCCCAGACAGCGGUGCAGCAGCAGCAAACACAGCCUUUUGGCACUAACCUGGCCGCGCUUGGCCUUGCACAGAAUGCACUGCAGGCCACAACAGUUCUUUCACAGGCUGGUCUGGGCCUCUCAGCUGCAUCAUUGGCAGCAUCAGGGGGUGCAAGCCUUGGCUAUGGCACAACACAAGCAGCAGCUGCUCGGCUGCUUGGUGCAGCUGCUGCAACUACUGGUGUUACCACGCCAUCUACAAAGCAACGUGUCUUUACAGGCACCGUGACAAAGCUGCAUGAUAAUUUUGGCUUUGUUGAUGAAGACGUGUUCUUUCAGACCUGUGUAAUCAAGGGAACCAUGCCAAAGGUUGGGGAGAGAGUUCUGGUUGAAGCUUCUUACAAUCCAAACAUGCCAUUCAAGUGGAAUGCCUAUCGAAUACAACUUUUGGCAAACCAGAUGAAUGCUUCUGUCGGCGUUCGCUUAAACAGUCAGAUAACACCAAGCAGCCAGUCCAACACCAGUGCAGCUAUGGCAGCACAGACACAAUACAUCAACUCCUUGACUUCUGAGAACAAGAGCAGUCGUUCUGAUGUGGAAAAGAUUUCUUACAGUCAAUUGCUUGAGAGAACGGAGAGCAGGCAUAGAGCGGAGUACUCAAGCAGCAAUACAAGAACUCCUAACAGACGAAGCUCACCCAGUCGGCGUGACCGUGAUAUGCGGCAUGAUGACCGACGAGACCGUUACCGAGACCGCAACAGCAGUCGGGAUUUUGACAAAGACCGAAGGCCCUAUGAUCGUAACCAGGACCGGGCAUCUGAUCGGAGCUCAGAUCGAAACCAAGACAGAAUGCAAGAGCGUGAUCGAGUGCAAGACAGGGAUCGCCUCCAAGAUCGUGACCGAGAUCGAAUAAUGGACCGUGAUCGUAUUCAAGACAGGCUGCCUGAUCGGGUGCAAGACAGAAAUAGCUUCAGGAUUGGGCACUCUGGACGGUCACCCAUUCGAGAUCUUAGAUCAAGAGAUCGGGAUCGUGACAGAGAAAGGGAUCGAGAUCUGCGGGGUCCAGCACAGUCACCUGAUCGGGACUAUCGAGGGCCAGGCCAAGACCAUGAUGGCAGCAGCACUUCGUCAUUGGCUCGCAAGCAUCCCUUGUCACCCCCCCGACGAGGUGGUGGAGGCUCUCCACCACGGCGCAAACCACGAAUGAUGCCUCGCUAUGUGGUGGACAUUCCUGCAGUCUGCUUAGAGCAGCGGGAGCUUGGUGUGGUGGACUUGCGCAAGCGCUAUCCAAACAUGUACAUACCAUCAGACUUCUUUCAUGCGUACAUCUGCUGGCAAGAGUGCUUUCCACUACACCGCCCCUUUGGCCUCAACUACCCGUGCUGUUUCCAAGUGCUGCCGAAAGACACCUGCCCUUCUCCACCAUCUCUGCUCAGUGCAACCCAUUUGGAGUCUCCAUUGCCUCCGGCUGUGUUAGACCCAUCAGACAUAGAUUUUUCCUUCAGUGCCAAGGUGAUGCUGCUUUCAAGCCCAUCUCUGGAAGAGCUGUAUCAGCAGACCUGUGCCCUGGCUGAGGAUGAAUCUCGAUUGGGGACUGCGAUGCACCCAGCACGUGUGCUCUCCUUUCUGGUGGGCCUCAAAGGCAAGAGUGAGACAGUAGCCAUUGGGGGGCCAUGGUCACCAUCCCUUGAUGGACCGAAUCCGGACUCCGACCCUCAAACACUGAUUCGGACAGCUGUGCGCACCUGCCGUGCCCUGACUGGCAUUGACCUCUCGGCCUGCACCCAGUGGUAUCGCUUCGCCGAGAUCUGCUACCGUAGGGAGAACGCCUCCCCCAACGGCGCCAAGGUUCCAACGGCCACCCUGGAAAAAGUGGUGCUGUUCUUCCCCGACGUGUGGCGCUGCAUGCCCACCCGACAGGAGUGGGCCGACCUGGAGCUGCGGCUGCGCAACGCUGACACAGCGGCAGACGACUCGGCAACGGCAGGCGACGCAGCGGCUCCUUCCAAGGAAGAAGAAAAUGCUGCAGAGGAGACCAGCGUAAAGGAGCCGACUCAUUAUGCUGACUUGGACCCUAAAACUAUGAAGGUUGGUGACCUACGUGUGGAGCUGGAGUUGCGUGGCUUGUCCACAAAAGGCUUGAAGUCACAGCUGGUUGCACGGCUUAGCAAGGCUCUCAAGGCAGAGGCGGAAAUGGCUGAGGGUAAUGAAGAGGAGGAGGAAGAGGAAGAAGCUGAGGAGGAAGUUGAGGAGGAGGAGGUUGAGGGUGAAGACCCAGUGGAAGAGGCUGUGCUGGAUGAGGUCAAGGAAGAGGCCGGUGAUGAACUCAAGGAAGGGGAAGAUACUGACAGGCCUGAAGAAGAGAAGGAGGCUCUUGGUGAGGCUGAAGAAAAGCAAGCGGAGUCAGUGGAUGUGGCCAAGGAAGAAGCCAUGGAUGGAGCCAAGGAUGAGGCAAUGGAGAAAGCAACAAAACCUCCACCAAAUAUUGGGAAGCCACUGCGACUUGAGGACCUGCCUAGCCAACCAAGCAUUCUAGUGUACCCAUCACGUACAGCUAAAGGGGGCCGUUUUGACUGUUCAGUCAUGUCUUUGUCCCUGCUGCUUGACUAUCGCCAAGAGGAUAACAAAGAGCACUCCUUUGAGGUGUCGCUGUUUGCAGAGCUCUUCAAUGAAAUGUUGAUUCGAGACUUUGGUUUCAACAUCUACAGGGCUCUACUAGAAGCUCCUGAGCAAAAAGAGGAAAAGAAAAAAGAUGGUGUUAAGGUGGAAUCGGACAAGAAAAGUGAUCGUCGAGAUGAUCGGAAGUCGGACCGCCGUCGAGACCGCAAGGAUGAUGAAAAGAAAACAGAUGAUCAGGAUGAAAGCGAUGCUGCUUCAGAGCAGUCUGAUGGAGAAGGUGAUUCUGAAGAAAACAAAGAGAAGCGAGCACGCAAGGAAAAUCGUCCCCAGCAGCAACGUACACUACAGCGUCAUCUGCUUCUCUCAUUCAUAUACUUUGACCAAAACCAAUGUGGUUACUUGCAGGACAGGGACCUUGAAGACAUUUUCUACAUUAUUGGCCUUGAACUCUCACGUGGCCAGGUUCGCCGUCUUCUUCAGAAAGUAUCAAAGCGGGAAACAGUACGAUACAGAAGCCUAACUGAUGCACCAGUUUGUCCUGAGGACAUUGUUGAGGAAGCACCUGUGGCUGAUCAAGAAAUGGUGGAUGAGGAUGAAGUGCCUGGGGAUGAGCAGCCAUCAGAACAAGACCUGCAAAUCAUAGCCAUGGGCAACCGUGGUCUCCUGCUGAAGUCUGAGGAUGGCUUGCAAGAAAGCAAUGCUACUGACCCUUCGACUGCCUUGGAAUCUGCUGGUGUGGCUGGGGCUAAAUUGGUCUUCCAUGAUGGAGCCCUGCUGGACGUGGGCAAGUUGCUGCGACAGGUGGAACGCAGUGAGAGAGCCCGUACAAGCUCGGAAACCCGCUUGAAGGAGCUCAUUGAAGCCUUGGCUGAAGUGCGUGAAUCAUGGGAGGCAUCCCGACAAGAAGUGUUGAAAACGCAGAUUGACUUGGACCAGGCACGCCGCCAGCUAGUUGUCGUUGAAGACGACUUGUGCUCAUCACGUAAGGCUGCCCAGGAACUGCGACUGGCCCUUCAGAAUUGCAGGCAACACUUACAGGCCACUUUGGGGAGCCUGGAGACUGUGCUGGGCCGUAAGGAACAUAGGGGUGACACCAAGAAUGAUGAUUGAGCGCAUCAGUAGACAUUCACUUCUAUGAUUCCCUUCUGUAGGGAUAACUUUCCUGUGUUUUGAACCUUUGGUGGCAAAACAGUUGUUUCUUCUUUAUUGUAGAAGCUACAUCCAUCAUGCAGUGCUUGAUGAUAUAAGCCAACAUUUUGUUAUACUUCUCUCUGUCUGAUAUUGUUGUUUGUGGUUGAAUGAUGAGCAAUGCACCAAGCUAUGUCCAAAGGCAGCAUUGGUACUAUAUACUAAUUAGUUUCCAUCUCUAAGCACUUGCAUUUAUUUCUGAAAAUGAAAGAUGAUGGACCAUGGACAAUACGAGGUGGCAUAAAAUGUAGUGUCCUUUAUUGUCUUUACAUUAUGAAAUUAUAUAUAGAUAAGUUUAAUUCUUUCUAUUGGACACAAAACUCGAUGAAGGAUUGUACAACUUCGUUAUGCUAUUAUUUUUUUCCAAACAUGUUUACUACUGCAGAUUUUGUAAUUAUGCUUUUGUGCCUUGUUUAUUGGUUAAAGGGGUAUUGACACAAAAACCUUGUAUCCUGCUUUUAUUACUUUAUUGGAUAGCUGUUGACCCCGUAACUACUAGUGUUGUUCUAGGAUUUCUUGAACACACAAAAAAUACGCCCCCUUUUAAUGUGACCAUUUCAAAAUGCAUGCCAAAUGGAGCGUGGCUUCUUGGCAUAGGGUUUGUUUCCAAGGGAACCUCUACAUGCCAUGAAAAUCAUAGUAGUGGUGACAUGGUGUCACAAAGCACUGACUAAUGCGCUGUCAGCCUGGUAUAGUUGUUGCAAGCCCCACAGUGACCGUGUUGCCGAUAGGUGGACACUAGCCACAUAAGCCAUUGUUUCCUCUUUCACUCUGUGCUUUUCUGCAUUCGACACUGGAUAACAAGCUUGGUCCCUGCUUGCUGUCACUUCUGUCAGAACACGCAGCGCCCUUUGUCCUUUGCACUUUCUCUCCCAUUGUCCAUCAUCUAAAGCUUUUGGCAAGACAACCACAAUGUGGCUUCAACAACUGAUGUAACUUCAUAGCAUGGAUACAAAGGACGAGACUGAAGGGAAACAACAUAUACACAGGUAUGUUGUUUCCCUUUCGUCUGGUCCUUUGUUUAUGCGCUAUGAAGUUACGUCAUGGAAUACCAACUAGCCCAAUCUCUAACACUGUUCAAUUAUUGCAAUGACAUGGCAUCAGUGAUACCACGUGACCCCUCCCCUGUCCUCCUCUAUAUUCGGGAUGUACUCAGGUACACUUGUAAAAAAAAAACUGCACCAAUAAAUUCGGUCUACUUUUUUAAUUUUGCGCAUUCAAAAAUUUUAUAAUUCAUUGUUUGUUGCACUUUUGAGAAAUGAAAGCCUCUUGCUGUUAUUAAGAUGUCCUUGGCCAAUUGAGCCAAAAGAAAGCAAUACAAAAGUUUUGUAUCGUUGCUCUUUUAAAUGAAAAUGAGCGCACAAAAGCUUGUAGUACUGUGGUAGGCUUAGGAUUGCAAGUCAAUAUGUUUAAUUUCAUAAAAAGGCAGAUUUGCAUAAAUACACAAAAGCUUAAUUGAAAGGACAUAAUCCGAAAAUGCUUUUGUGACUGCACAAUUAUAUUGGUAGCACUGCUCCUGUUAUGUCUUUUGUUUAUGUUUACGGUACCACAAGCAGUUGCAUCUUUGGAAGACUCGACUUUUGUCUGUGUGCUGCAAGAAUUUGCCGUAGUUGAGCCUGAUAGCUUUGUUUAUGACAGGGCUCUUAUUUGUUUCACUUGAUCUUCAUGCAUGUUGCGUACCAGACCGUGACAUGUCUAAAUUUUUUCACUCCCUGAAAGUGAGUUGAGCAGGCUCUUGGUGUGCUUUUCCUUUUCUUUUUUCUGUGCCCAGCAUACUGUUGUACUCUGUGCAAAAAUUAAAUAUUAUUUGCACUUUU